UCCAGGCCUACUUCUGCUUCCUGCAGGAUGUUUUUUCAAACGAGUUCAUUUUCGUUCCUGGCAGAUCAUCUCAGCUGAUGUUCAGGUAUCUUUGUGAAGAGGCAGAUCAUGUUUUCACAGAGACACAGUUCCUACAAGGUGUUCGAACCCGGGCUACAAGCCUCAUUCUGUCAGGUGAAUUUCACACUUACGAGGUGCUUUCAUCAAACGUUCAGAAAAACGUUCUGUCGGCUCUCCAACGACUGGGGGCCAUGACGAAGAUUAUGGRAUCUGACAGCAUUGAACACAAAGUGAACAAAGCAGCUGUGAGAAGAGUUGAAGAUAUGCUCUAUGGAAAACUUUCAUCUCAGGUUCUUCAAGUCCCACCUGAGUCCAGACUGUAGUCUGAGCUGGAGCUGAUCCGUCCUUAGCGUCACCUCCCUUUUUGGUAUCGGUCCGUUCUCUCAUCACUCAGUUUCUGCUUCGGCUAAAAAUAAAAGCUAGGGUAGAUUCUCGAUCAUCCAGGACACGGUGAAUUUAAACAAAAUGUGUAAAAACCUAACUGGACUUCUGUUCUGUAGUUUAAGAUGUUUUGCUUCCUGUGUGGUUAAGACGGCUUAAAAACAACAACUUUGAGAGGGUGACUCAAAAAUGUCAACUGUUAAAGAAUAAGAAAAUACAAGUUAGAAAUAGGUACGUAAAAUAAUUAUAGGGAGAAUAAAUAAGUGAAAGUGUGAUUUUUAAAGCACUCAAAUAACAAAAAUGGAAAUAAACAAAAUAUCAAAGUCUCCAACCUAACCAUGUAAGUUUCAAUGUAAGUGAGUACAUGGAAGAAAAAUAUCUAAAUUUUUAACUUUUUCAUUAGUUUCCUAAAUUCAUUUCAUAAAAUUUUGUCAAACUUGAUGAAGUUGCGUCCAUCUAUAUUUGUCUUUUUUAAGCUUUAGCGAUGAUUUUGAUUUUCUCAACCAAAACAAACAAAAAAUAUAUAGUUUUCAUAAAUAUGUUUAAAGAAAAAUAAUAAUUUAGACAGUAUAUUUUCUUAAAUAAAAACUAAGUGCUAAAAUAAAACAAAUAAUUCUUAAAUUUAUUCUUGAUGUUAAGGCAUUUUAUAACUUAAUUCCUUUUUUAAUUUUUGUUUCUAUUUUGUAGAUUUAUUUUGUCUUUUAAUUUUGAAGGAUUAUGUCUUGUGGAUAAUUAUUUUUGAUACGUUUAAUUCUCUUGGUGUGAUUUAACACUUUUUGGACGAUUGUUGUAAAUGCACUUUAAAAUCAGCUGAAUCAUUGGAAAGUUAAACCACUAAAACAGAAUUUCGACAUUAACUUGGAAGCUAGUGUGGCAAUAAAUGAAGUAAAUAAAGUAUUUUAAAUGUCAAA